AUGUCCUUGCGCAAGCGCUCCUCCAGCGACGAUGAAGGCAAGGCACCAAGAAAACGGCCAAAUAUUUUGCUCACAAGCUCGGAUAACGUUGUCGAAGAGAAAAAUGGUAGUGAUAAUAGGAAAUUGGAUCGCUCUGAGUCUCUCCUUCUUGCUCCUCUGCUCACUGAGUUGCACCAAAUAUUUGUUCCAGGAGCUCUCCCGCCUAGGUUAACAGCUUUUGCGAGUGUUGAUCUAUCUAUCUUGGCGGAGGUGCUCAGACCAUGCUCAGGGUGCACCACUCUCACCAAUUGCAACGCAGGGACGGGUACCUGCCACGACUGCUACACCAAGAAGGAAGUUUGUUCAGUGCCUACAUUCCUACGGUACUGGAUCUAUUCCGAUCGCACUGGACUUACGUUGGAGCAAACUUUGUUCAUGAUUACGAACUAUGGCGACCACAAAACGAAGAAAAGCUUCUGCCUCGACAAUACCGUGUUUAGCAACCAUCUCCGUCAAGUCGUCGAGAAAAGCCUUUUACCCCCGCCCCUCAAUACCGGUACUUCCGUUUUGGGCGAUUCUCCGACGGAUUUGGAAAACCGGGUGAAAGCUCUCAACCUUCGCCGCUCCCCUGUAGUACGAACCGUGCACGCACUCGAAAAUCAUCGACCGCGUGAACUCCUCUCGAGGGACUUGUUAACGCAUUCUCAACCAAGUUCUUCCAUGGCGCAGUCUCACUGGUUAUACUCCAGGAGUCAUACCGAGCUCAUUUCUCCUAUUCAUGAAACACCAGUUCGAGUUAUUCAGGCCGCCGGUCACAGACAUUUUCAGUUCGUGACUUCCACUUCAUCGUCACCUUCGGAGAAUCCAUCUUCUACUCAGUGUACCCUUUGUUCCCAUUCUGAUGCUAGAUUUUCGGGGCCUCCCUCUUUGUCUAAAGUCGCUCCAUCGUUAGAUGAAUGUGCGGUUCAGGCGCCGAAAAGCUUGAACAAGGCUGGUUCCACUUUAUUAUUCGACCUCCUUCGGAAUCCACGCUCAAUAAAGAGUGCUCCACCCUUCUCGUCUCUCAAAGAGAGUGCUCUACCUCUUCCAUCUGUAGUCUCUACGUCCAUUCCAAAGAGUCAUUCUAUCGACUUGUCUGCCCCGUUCCCCGAAGCCGUUGGUGUAAAGGCGCACAGCGACCAAACUCGUGUGAAAGAGCUUGAACAACUUCUGGCUUGGGCUCGCGAUCAAUUUCUCACCGAGCGCGAUGGAGUAGAGGCUCAUGACCACAUUAGACGAGAAAUUAUCCAGAUAUUUGCAAAUUCUGUACGCCAAGCACAUGCGAGUGUUGAUAAACUCCGACACGAGAACGGGAAGAUUGUGCGUGUCAUGCUCAGCAAGACUUUCGGAAGCCAGCUAAAAAGUUCUGAGCAUCGUACUCCUCGUGAAGUAGAGGACGUUCAAGCCGACAUGUUGUCGAGAGAUUCGCAGGAUCCGCCGUGGCGCACGUCUCUUCAGAGUAAUGUGCCGAAAUUCCCGGAGCAACAUGGGACUAGCAUGGAGUUGCAGGGGUCGCAUAAACAACGUAAUACCGAGCGCGAUGCUUACGAAAAUAAGCUAAGAGAGUUGCCUAUACGACGCAGGCUACGGGAGUCGUGCGAGCAGCACAAGGAAUUGACUAGAUGUGAGAUUCUUGAAGGCAUACUCAAGGAGUUGAACACCCAAAUCGAAUCUCUUGAAGAAAGGUUCAAGGAACUAUGCAAACAGCGGGACGCUCUCGGAAUCAGUCUUGAAACUUCCCGUGCAUUGUUGUUUCUCAGGCAGGAAGUGAUUGCUAGGCAGGCACAAAAUAUCAACACCUUGAAUGAACAUAUCCAGGAGCAACAAGUCACCAUCUCAAAGCUACGACGACUCGGGCUCACUUCUAACGGAUGCAACGUAGAGAGACGGCCAUAG